GGCAUAUUUUUCUUGUAUUCCUAUAGUUUCCUUUGUGUUUUGCUUUAUCCAUGGCUAUCUACUUUUCGAACGCCAAUGGCCUCUCUACUUUCUUCGUAUCUCUUCUAUGGCUACUAUUUGCACGCAUGCAUCUAACAAGUGCUCAAAUUGGUGUGUGUUAUGGACAACUCGGGAACGACCUACCAUCUCCCGUGGAAGUUAUCGAGCUUUACAAACAAAACAACAUCCAAAGAAUGCGACUUUACGCUCCAGACCAUCCUACUUUCGACGCUCUACGAGGCUCGAAUAUCGAGCUCAUGCUUGGAAUUCCGAACAACGAGCUCGAAGAUCUAGCCAACUUCCAAGAAAAAGCUGAUUCAUGGGUUCAUGACAACCUCGUAAGCUUUGGUGACGUAAAAUUCAAGUACAUUGUGGUUGGAAACGAAAUAAAAACAAACGACCAAGCAGCUAGUUUCCUCGUACCAGCCAUGCAAAAUAUCCAAAAUGCCAUUUCCGCUGUGGGUUUAGGAGGCCAAAUCAAGGUAUCAACCGCAUUCGACACUGGAAUUCUUGCAGAAUCCUACCCUCCUUCAAAGGGUUCCUUCAAAACCGACUAUCUUCCGAUCCUUAACCCGACCAUUCGCUUCCUUCUCGACAAUAACGCCCCGUUGCUCGUAAACGUGUACCCGUACUUCAGUUACGUCGCAAACACGGCCGAUAUUUCUAUGGAUUAUGCACUUUUUAGAGGAACAUCUCCAUCUGUUGAAGAUGGCCAAUUUGUUUACCAUAAUUUGUUUGAUGCCAUUUUGGAUGCUGUUUAUUCUGCUUUGGAGAAGGCGGGCAGCGACGGGCUGGAAAUUGCUGUAUCGGAGACCGGUUGGCCGACGGAGGGCGGCGAGGCGGCGACGGUGGAGAAUGCAAACACGUACAACAACAAUUUGAUUCAACAUGUGAAAGAAGGGACACCCAAGAGAAGUGGAAAGCCUGUGGAAACCUAUGUGUUUGCUAUGUUUGAUGAGAAUGAGAAGACAACGCCACCGGAGGUUGAGAAACAUUGGGGUUUGUUCUCUCCAAGCAAGAUGCCCAAGUACGAGGUUAACUUCAACUAAAUUCCUACGGAUCUAUGUCAUAUCUUUGUCGGAAUCUUUUAUUUAAUAAUAUUAAAAUCUUCCGUUAUGUAUUCAAAUACAUGACAUGGUUCAUGUGUUCAA